AUGAGCAACACAAAAGACGACGGGCAAUUCAAGACAUGGAAGCCACUGGCGCCGACCCUGCGUCAGCGCCGUAUGACGUCCCGCAAAGACCUGCAUAAGGGCGGGCCCGUGCGCGAGCUAACCGUGGCCAAGCGCCGCACCGGUGGACGCAACAACACCGGCCGCAUCACCUGUCGCCACCGCGGUGGCGGAGCCAAGCGGCGUAUCCGGCUGGUUGAUUUCAAGCGCACGGUGCCUGGUCCGCAGCAGGUUAUCCGGCUGGAGUACGAUCCGGGACGGACCGCGCAUAUUGCGCUGAUCCGGCAUAUGGAGAGCGGCGAGAUGUCGUAUAUUCUGGCGCCGGCGGGGCUGAAGCCAGGGUCAGUUGUGCAGUCGUAUAUGCGGGUGAGCCUGGAUGCGCAGGCGGACAUUGCGUCCAAGGUCAAUGUCGAGGUCGGCAACUGUCUGCCGCUGAAGCUGAUCCCGAUCGGAACCACCAUCCACAAUAUUGGGCUGAACCCGCAGGGCCGUGGGCAGCUGGCAAGAUCCGCUGGGGCCUCCGCCCAGCUCCUGUUCACUGCGCCGACGGGCCUGGCACAGAUCAAGCUCAUGAGCGGAGAAAUCCGCCGCGUGCCUGUUGAUGCCUGUGCGACCAUUGGCCAGGUCAGCAACCCUAACCAUAAGCAUGAGAAGCUUGGAGGCGCUGGCGCAAGGAGGCGCCGCGGGUGGAGACCAACUGUACGCGGUAAUGCGAUGAACACCCAUGACCACCCGCACGGUGGUGGAAGAGGAAAAUCCAAGGGUAACAAGCACCCAAGGAGCCCAUGGGGCAAGCUGGCUAAGGGCGGAAAGACCCGCCAUUCGAAGAACCCGAUGCUUGUACGUGGCCGCCCACGCCGCUAA